CUGCUCCUUGCAUCCCUUUCCCGAAAAAGUCCGCUGAGCCUCGGGUCUAACCCCCUGGGGAGGAGGGUGGGAAAAGGAAAAUGGGGAGAGGAAGGGAGAGGAAACAUCAAGUUGAGGGCGGGGAGUAGAGGUCAGCACGGGAACUCCUCUCCCUUCCUGCCCAUCUCUUCCUGGCCGCUCCUUGGUCCUGAGGCCAACCCCAGGAGAACUCCCGCAGAGCAAGAAGACGGUCCGAUGGAGCUCCCCUGGCUCGGUGGGAUGUGGAUUCCAAGCGGGAUGGUUCUCCGGGUGCUGCUCCUCCUGCUCUCGGCCGUCUCUUCUGGACUGCUGUUCAUCUUUUACUAUUCAGCCAACAAUCUGACCAACAGCCCCCUGCAAGAAACCAGGAACACAUCAUCUGUAUCUACCAAUCUUUGGACUAGAAAGCACCAGCCCUGCAACCGCCCACUGGUCCCUGCCACUCAACAACACUACCUUUUCAAGUAUAAGUUUAACUUCAGUAUCCCAGUGCUGCUUUAUGGCAGGCUCUUCACCCAGGAGCUCUGGGACCAACUGAAUCAACAGAAUGCUCCCUAUGGCUGGCGGGGGCUUUCCUACCAAGCUAUCGCUUCUACCAUGAGCCUCCUGAAUACCUCAGCCAAUGCUCAGCUGUUUGAUCUCUCUGUGAAACAACACCUGGGUUGCAUUCGAUGUGCUGUUGUGGGCAAUGGUGGCAUUCUCAAUGGGUCCCGUCAAGGUCUACAGAUUGAUUCCCAUGACUUCGUCUUCAGGCUCAAUGGGGCUGUGAUUAAAGGCUAUGAGGAGGAUGUGGGCACCAAGACUUCAUUCUAUGGCUUCACUGUGAACACAAUGAAGAACUCCCUGAGAGCUUACAGGCAUCUGGGCUUCACUUCAGUGCCCAAGCACCAAGACCUGCACUAUAUCUUCAUUCCUUCAAAUAUGCGGGACUACCUGAUGUUAAAGUCAGCCAUUCUGGGGGUGCCUGUUCCUGAGGGCCAUGACAAAGGAGAUAAGCCACAGACCUAUUUUGGACCAGACAUCUCUGCGAGUAAAUUCAAGCUGUUGCAUCCAGAGUUCAUCAACUACCUGAAAGAGAGGUUUUUGAAAUCAGACCUCAUCAAUAAAAAGUAUGGGUACCUGUACAUGCCCAGUACUGGAGCCCUCAUGUUACUGACAGCUUUGCAUACCUGUGACCAAGUCAGUGCCUAUGGGUUCAUUACAAGCAAUUACCAGGAAUUUUCUGACCAUUAUUAUGAGCGCAAGAAGAUGCCCUUGGUGUUUUACGUCAAUCAUGAUAUGCGCCUGGAAAGCAAGCUGUGGAAGAACUUGCACGAUGCUGGCGUCAUGAAUCUAUAUCAGCGCUGAAUCCAAAGCCAAGCCAUGAAGUACUCCAAUAGCCAAGCUCAGCAUUUUCUUACAAAGUCACUUCCGUUUCUGAUAUGGAAAACCGGUCCUUGGUUAAGAAUUAACAAAUGGUUUGCAGAGGCAUUAUUUUGAAACAGAAAAAUGCCCUACCCUACAAUGGAGAUGAAAAAAACAAUCGUAACAUGCAGCUGGGGGCAUCAUGCCUUGUUGUUGAUUUUCCUGCGUUUUAAAAUCACACCCUCUUUACCCCACAAUAGUAUAAAAAGCCAAAAAAAUUUCUUAAACACAAAAACUUCAAACUCUGCCCAGAGACAACCGAAAAGCAAUACUAAAGAACAAUUCAACAAGAAUCAUUCAGUAAGAUAACAGCAGGUCUCUGAGAAUAACAAGAUCAAUUCCUGCAAGAUGAAUUUCUGCCCAAUAGGGAGGGGAGGGGAGGCACUCCCACCUGAUGAAUGGGUGGAUAAUUGUAAUUUGAAACAUUUUACCACUCUGUAUAAUUACAUAAAUA